UUAUAAUAUUUUAUAUAUUUUUGAGUAUAUGAAAUAAUGUUAGUACCUAAUGUUUUCACUGAGAUGACAUCUGUUAAGCCUUUGCAAUUGACUUUAGCCAUCAUGAAACCUCAUGUGGUGUCCUGUCCAUUUUCUUUACUCGAUAUUAGGCGAACAAUACUGGACAAUGGUUUUUACGUUGUACGUUCAAAACGCCAAACUAUUAAACUAGAACAGGCAAAACAAUUUUAUAGUGAGCAUAAAGCAAAGUUCUUUUAUAACAGACUUAUCACAUUCAUGACAAGUGGACCGUCAGAAGCAUAUAUAUUGGCUAGAGAAGAUGCAAUUUCAGUUUGGCGUCAUUUAAUGGGUCCAACUAAAGUUUUCCAAUGUCAGCUGAGUAAUCCUGAUUCUAUAAGAGCUAAACAUGGACUAACAGAUACUAGAAAUGCCACACACGGAUCUGAUUCCGACGAAUCAGUUCGCCAAGAAGUCAGCAUAAUGGUGCCACAAUUUUGCUUUGAGCAUUGGAAACAAACUGAAGAACCUAUGUUUAGGGAUGGAAAAGUACAGUUUAAUGAUCAACAAUUUAUUCAUUUUGUACAUAAAAGCUAGACCAUUUAUUUUCAUAUUAUGACAAGGAUAAUAUUAAAAUAAUGCCAAAUCAACAAAGAUUAUUGUUGGCUAUGUUGUUUACCAAUUGGUGUAAUAGUAAUUUUUCUAUAUUAGGUAUAAUAUUUAAACAAACCAAAUAUUAGUAGUAUUAACAAUAAAA